AUGACUCCCGGUCUACUCAAUUUCAGCAACGAAAUCAUCUCGCAUAUCGGUGACUUCCUCCAUCAAGACCACGACAUCCCCAUACCGUCUUUCCAUCCCCAUUGGGCUGGCUUCAAGCAUGAUAUAGUCUCACAUGUACAGAAAGACUUUUUGUCCUUCAGGUCUACCUGUACGAGAACGAGGAACGCCAUACAGCUUAGGGAUUUACAUGUGACGAUUUCCAAAUGGUCAGAUGUGCUGAGAUGGAAUAUGGAAUGUUCGAAGCAGGUCAGGCAGGCAGUCAAACGAAUGAUCAUCGAUAUCCCCAAAAAUGUGGGACCAGAGAUUUACGCCAACGAUCAUGAACACCGGCUGCAAGAAAAGUACCAUAUUGGUGGUAUAUGGUCAACCAUGACUCAUUUUCUGUUCGAAUUUACCGCUUUGGAAGAACUGGUCAUUGUGAACAUUCCCUUGUGCAAUCACGGCGAAGGUCCCCAUAACCUUGGUCCCGAUUCAUUGAAUCUUCCUUCAUACGACUUUCUUCCUGCAUUGAAACCUCUAGCAUUCGAAUGUAAAUGCUACAAAUGCUCGAUCGAAUUACCUAGACUUUUCAUUCCUGCCGCUUCCAAUAUUCGUCAUCUCAAAUUGGUCCACACAUAUCAGGAGCAGUUCUCCCUCCCUACUAUGGCAGAAGAAUGGAUGGCCCUGCGAAAAAAGUCGGAAGGGUUAGAGGACAAUGGAAUUGGUGGUAAUUUACCAAGUCUACCUAUGGAAACGUUAAUGGUAGAAUUUCUUGAUAGGUCUUGUCCCAGAGUAAGCACGGCGAUAGAAAUUUUACAACCCCAUUGCCCCAAUCUGAAUUCACUGUAUAUCUCGAUGUAUCCUGAGAACGACGAUGCACCCUACAGCGGGAUGUGUCUAGGUGCUAAACCGUUGGAUCACGCGGCAUCUAGGUCUGACUCUGGAUCAGAUUGGAUUUAUACGAUUUUAGAAAAUGAUGAUGCCACUGCAGAGGAUCAUUUAUCCGAAUUAGAAAUGAAUAGAGACUGGACAACGGAUACCUUCUGGCAAGAUUUCCUGAUUUCCCUUAGCGGUAUGAAGAAAUUGAAAACGCUCGAAUGCUUAACAUGUGUCCACGUCCCUUUGGUAGAUGGUAAAAUGUUUGUUCCCGAGAGCAAUACGAGAGGAAGCACCUAUGAAUAUCAGCUAAAUGGACUAAAGGAGCGAUCGAUGUCUAACUAUACCCCAAAUGGUCAACCUCGAAUGGCCAUGACCGGAGCUGCCCAAGCGAUGAUUGAUCACUGCCCUUCUUUGGAGAAAGGUUACUUCUGGCAGUGGUUAGAGCAAGAUAAUCGUCAUGGAAGUCCGGGUCCAGAGGCUGAGAAUAACGGGAGAGAUGAUGAACCAAAUUGGAAGAGGUGGACUUGGUCAGCUUCACCUACGCUUUCUAGCAAGAAGGCGGUCAUAGAGCCCUGGGUCGAAGAGUUCUCGGUUAAAUGGACGUAUAGUACAGAUGGAGAAGAAGGUAGACCCGAGGAUGAUGAUUGA